UUGGUAAUAGUUAAAAUUGAAUUUAACAUUCGUUCGGCAAGGGAUUAGGUCAGGUAUAAAGGUGAAAAGAUCAGGCUAUAAAAGGAGGUUCAAAAGGAGCAUUCAAGUCAGUUUUAUGCAAAUUCUUGAGAAGUAAAGAAGUCUUGUGAAAGUUUGUAAAGUUCCUUAAAUUCGUCAAAAUGAAGAUCUUUUGCAAGUUUAGUGUUUUGUGCAUUUUCCUUGUGAUUUUGCGACAUGUGAGUGCUAAAAUGUCAAAUAAUAUGGACACAGUGAUCAUUCCACGAGAGUUGAAUGUUGAAAGAUUGGAAUGUGUGCACCUUUGCUUGGCAAUAACGGAAAAUUCUGGAAAAAUUCGCGAUUGUUACAAACUUUGCAAGGAUACACCGAAAAGUCCUGAAUAUAAUGAAAUUUCGAGACAUUAUACGCGGAAGAGGUUCUACGAAAUUGGAUUAAUCUGUCGUGAUGAUCGAAGUUUAACUGUGGCUGUGAACAUGACUGAAGGAAAUAGUUCCAUUGUUAUGCAAUUCAGAGUUCGCGAUGGACGUCAGGAGGUUAUUUAUCUGGCCAAUAGCCCCUUUGGAUUGAUUGAUGCGCUUCAUCCAGGGAGGGAGUAUAACAUCUCCGGAUUUGGCUUCAAGGGGAAUGCUUCGGUGGUUAAGGAACAUUUUAUCGUGAAGGAGAUGGCGUUUAGAACUCUUAUGGAACACGGACCAUUUGAAGAGGUAAAAGACGUUAAAAUGGUGAAUUAUCGGCCUUCGCCUAAAUGUGAAACUUGCAUCAUUGCUGAUGUUGAAUGGAUCCCGUCGGCGGACAAUAUUUGCCACUACAGCGUAGCAUGGCAUGAUAACUUCCAUGGGAAACUCAAUACAAUUCCCCAGAUCGUGGAAUUGAGUGUGAAGCCAAAGUACAGAGUAACGAUUGGAGAUCUUGACUUUGAGCAUGAUUACAAAGUAUCAGUGAGGAGUUUUCUGCAUUACGGGGAGCAGGCAACGAAGGAUUUUGAAUGGUGGAGCUUCAAAACGCCAACAUGCAGGGAAGUUUUUACAAAACCUCAAGAUAUUGUCCGAAUUUGCCCCCCUACGAAGCCAAGAAAUGUGAUUGUUGAAGCGGAAAAAGUCGGUGAUUACACGUGGAAUUUCAAGAUUAGCUGGGAUAAGCCAGAGGAGCCCUAUCCUCAUGGAUACAAAGUCACAAUGCGCAGCCUAAAUCACGUCAAUCCAACAUCAAUGACAAUCACAACGAGUGGAAAUCAGACUUGUGUGGAUUUCCUGGAUUUUCAAACGAAAGCCCGGCGUUUUGAGAUCUCCGUUGAAGCUACGUAUGCAAGCGGGAAAACAGCUGUGAAGACCUUUGAAAUUUCCCUCAGCAAGAUGAGUAGGAAGUUAAUGAUUAUGUGGAUUUUUGUUGUACUCUCCGGAUUCGCGGCAUUCAUCGUCUUGGCUAUUGUGUACCAAAAGAAGGCACUGUGCGCAGAACCACUCCCAGUUCAAGUUGAUGAACUCAAGGAUAUGUCCCAGAAAACAACAAUAACAGUCAUGGCGGAUAUUGCAACAGAUCCCUGCAUUAAUGAUGACUUCGAGGUUGAUCCACGAAGUAUGGUGAUCCUGGAUGUGAUUGGAGAAGGGCAAUUUGGCACAGUUAACAAGGGAACAUUCUUCGCACCGAAUUCAACACAAAUUCCCGUCGCUGUUAAAAUGUUAAAGGAUUCUCCGUCGUUUGAGGAUCUGGACAGAUUUCUCGAGGAGAUUAAAAUCAUGAAAUCUGUCCCCAAACAUCCGAAUAUUCUGAGCAUUGUGGGGCAUUGUACGAGGAAGGGAACAAAGAUGCGCCUCCUGACCGAAUACUGUGCCAAUGGGAGCUUGCUGAACUUCCUGAGGGCGAAAUGGGCCAGCCGAAAGAAUCAACAUUCCCGCCUAAGUGAGUUUAGUGACAACUUUAUCAAUUUCAAUCAUGCCAUUGAGGAAAAACCAAAGCCACAGAAGGAUAUUUUGGAGGAAAUGCAUCAAAAGGCUGGAAAAUCUACGGAUAGAAUCUCCUACGUCAAUGUUGUGCAGAAUCCUGUCUAUUUGGGGGACGAAGCAUCAGUAGCAGAUGAUACGGUGAUACAAAAUGAUCCCUGUGUUACGCUGAAAUCUCUUCUGGACAUUGCUGUACAAGUGGCGGAAGGGAUGAAGUUCCUCGGAGAUAAUCGUGUCAUUCAUCGCGACUUGGCAGCACGGAAUGUCCUCCUAAGUGAAAACAAUGUGGUGAAAAUUGCGGAUUUUGGGCUGAGUCGCAACAUCAAGGAUAGCGGAAUGUACAAGAAGAGUGGAAGAGGACGUGUCCCGAUCAAAUGGAUGGCCCUUGAAGCUCUCACACGACAGCUGUACACCACACAAUCCGACGUGUGGUCCUUUGGAGUGCUCCUGUACGAGAUUAUUACGUUGGGAUGCAUCCCUUACCCGACAGUUGAAAAUGAUCAACUUGCAGACUUCCUGGGAAGUGGACGACGCAUGGGGAAGCCUCUGAAUUGCUCGCAGAGUCUCUACCGCAUCAUGUCAUCCUGCUGGGAGGGAGAUCCGUGCCAGAGACCCACAUUUGCUGACCUGAUCGAACUGCUAACCGAAGAGAGGAAUAACAUCAAUGGAGACGAUGUGAUUGACUUGGAGAAACUGGAGGAGGACAGAUCACUGGUACGAGAUCAUCCAGCUGGCUAUACUUCAUAUCUCAUUCCGCUUGCCUUUAGGUCUCACUACUUCAGCCUCCGUAAUGUGAACGACAGCACCUUUGAUGGGAAUUUUCCCAAAGAAGUUGGAGAAUUUUAAACAACCCAGACUCAGGAAUGGAUUUUGACUGUAAUUUGGAAGGGUUUCUUGAUAAAGACCAAAGCUCUUGGAUACUGAUAAAUGCUCUAAAAGAACUUAAAUUAGAAUAAAAAGAUAAAAUGUCAUUGUAAUUUUCAUUCAUUUUCAUUGCAAUUUGAUAAAUUAUUGCAAAGUCAAUUAAGGAAAGAUUUUAAUUUUAAAAUUCUUUGUAAAUGAUAAAAAAAUCUCUUCAUUGAAUAAAAAUAUUCAAAAUGUA